CACCUCUAAGGUUAGGUCGGUUAGGAUGAAAUCUUACGGCGAAAGCCGCUAAUUUGAAUGGAAUAACAGGAUAUAAAUUUACUAUGAAAAAAUGGCACGUUUAUUUAACAGACUGGCGAUCAAAGUCCUGGCUAGGAUGCAGGUAGCCAGAUAUGGAAAUAAAGCAGAUCAUUGGUCUGUGAUUAAAAAGAAAAAGACACACAUGGACAAAGCACUGAAACAUUUUGACGAGUUUUAUGGUAAUGUCUAUGAAAAGUCAUGGGAAAAUAUAAGAGCUGCGUUAUUGAAAGAAGAUCACAAAUACAUGGCUGUUGUAAACUCCUUCAGCGAUAUAGACAGAAUAAAGUCAGAAUUAGAGUCUCAUGGUGCUAUGAAUCUGAGAACAAUUUAUGAAAUCUAUAAAGAACAUAUUGAUGAAAAUCCAUCUAAAUCUGAUAAAAGAAAGAACAAGCAAGCAAGAAGUCAAAUGGACUCAAUAAUUUCUGAUGCUGAGAUAUCAACAGUACAGUCACAUUAUCCUGUGAAUUAUGAGUCAUCGCCUAUAUCUCUAAGUACAAAUGAUGAAGCUGAAAAUAUAACAGUAGAGAAUCAAGGCAAAUUGCAACCUGUAGAGAUGAAAUCUAUUGAGUCAAAUUUGAAUAAAAUCGCCUUAGAUGAAAAUCGAAUUGUACAGCCCAACUCUGGCUUAAGCGGGUUAUAUGAAUUUGUUCCAGCCACAAAAAUUAAAGGUAUGGAAGACUGGAUAUUGGAAUCACAACACUACGGCUAUUACAAAGAGGGUGCAGAUUUUUCAGGGAACACUGAGAAAGAGGUUGUAUUAACGUUUCCGCAAUAUCUUAACAUUUAUACGUUUGAGGAAAGUAAUGAUAGCAGAUUUCCAUCCCCAAAGAAAGGAUCGACUAAUGUUUCAGAUUAUUAUCUUCUGGAUGGUGCUUCUGUCUUACCGGUGUUGGCUUUAGACUUGCAACCUGGUGAUGCCGUGUUAGAUAUGUGCGCGGCACCAGGAGGUAAAGCUCUAAGCAUCCUUCAAACACUUAUGCCACGUGUAAUGAUAGUUAAUGACCUUACAAAGUCUCGAGUGAAGAGAAUUAACAAUGUCAUAAAUGAAUAUGUAGCUGGUAUCGGCCAGUGGGAGGAUAGAUUGUGCGUGACAGAGCAAGAUGCGAGAUUUAUCGAUGAAAAAGAUAUGUUUAAUAAGAUCUUGGUAGAUGUGCCGUGUACUACGGACAGACAUGUUUUGCAUUCGGAAAAUAAUAAUAUCUUCAAACCGCAAAGAAUACAGGAAAGAUUAAAAUUACCAGAAUUGCAGGCAGCCAUUUUAACUAAUGCAUUGAAGAUAAUAUCGGUUGGUGGAACAGUCGUGUAUUCCACUUGUUCUCUCAGUCCUAUUCAAAACGACGGCGUCGUUAGCAUGGCGCUAAAAAAGGUCUGGGAAGAAACCAAUUCUAUUAUGAUUGUAAAAGAUAUGACCGAAGCACUGAAACCAUUGAGUUGUCUUUAUAAAUUUGGCAAUUUUGGGUUAAAAUAUGGCCAUAUCGUUAUUCCUACGCUUGAAAAUAAUUGGGGCCCCAUGUACUUUUGUAAAAUAGUACGAACACGGUAAUAAUAGGUAAUGUCUGAUCGUUCGCUUCCUCGUCGGGUACUUCAAUCUGGUUCCAAGGUUGUUCUUUACCACUUCCAAAGAUAG